GCCGGAAGGGGAAGUUUCGCCUCAGAACGCUGUUUCGCUUGUCCGAAUUCGGUGGCGCCACGUCCGCCAGUGACUGCCUUCUGUACCGCGGCUCCUGCGGCCUCCGCCUCGAUACCUUCCAUUCGCGAAGCCGGCCGCGUCGUAAGGGGGUCGGGGCGGGCACACCGGUAGUUGUGCGCAUCCUGGCGACCUGAGAGGCGAAAAUGUCGGACAUCGGGGACUGGUUCAGGAGCAUCCCGGCCAUCACGCGCUACUGGUUCGCUGCCAGCAUUGCUGUUCCCUUGGUUGGCAAACUCGGCCUCAUCAGCCCAGCUUACUUAUUCUUGUGGCCCGAAGCCUUCCUCUAUCGCUUCCAGAUUUGGAGGCCAAUCACUGCCACCUUUUAUUUCCCUGUGGGUCCAGGAACUGGAUUUCUUUAUUUGGUCAAUUUAUAUUUCUUGUAUCAGUAUUCUACACGACUUGAAACAGGAGCUUUUGAUGGGAGGCCAGCAGACUAUUUAUUCAUGCUUCUCUUUAACUGGAUUUGCAUCGUGGUAUCCUUCCAUGUUAUUUCGGGGGUGGAGGGUAAGCAUGUCAGACUGGAUAGGUAUGGAAUACUUUUUAUUAUCUGGUCUUUAACUUCACAAACCAAGAUUACCGGCUUGGCAAUGGAUAUGCAGUUGCUGAUGAUUCCUCUGAUCAUGUCAGUACUUUAUGUCUGGGCUCAGCUGAACAGAGACAUGAUGGUAUCAUUUUGGUUUGGAACACGAUUCAAGGCCUGUUAUUUACCUUGGGUUAUCCUUGGAUUCAACUAUAUCAUCGGAGGCUCGGUGAUCAAUGAGUUAAUUGGAAAUCUUGUCGGACAUCUUUAUUUCUUCCUAAUGUUCAGAUACCCAAUGGACUUGGGAGGAAGAAAUUUUCUAUCUACACCUCAGUUUUUGUACCGCUGGCUGCCCAGUAGGAGAGGAGGGGUGUCGGGGUUUGGUGUGCCGCCUGCUAGUGUGAGACGAGCUGCUGACCAGAAUGGCGGAGGUGGAAGACACAACUGGGGCCAGGGCUUUCGACUUGGAGACCAGUGAACAAGCCGCCUCAGGGCUGCCCACCAGCUGCUGCACUCAGCGCCCCUUCUCUGGGCUGGGUGUGUUUCACAGCAAGUGUGUUUCACAGUGAGUCCCAGCUAGCGCUGUCGGACCUGACCCACACCGAAUGUAGUCUUUCAGUAUGAGACAGAAUUUUUUAAAUCUUGAAGGAAAAUACAAGUGUUCCUCAAGUCUCUGAUUCUCAUUGAAGUCCUUACUGCUACGAAGAACAAAUCUCAGCAGUGCAAAUUUCAAAACGGACUGUACUUUGGUACUUUCACUUUUUCCCUUUCCAUCUGAAAAAUGAGUGUUAGCAGGUCCUGGUCUGCUGGCACUGAGCUGGGCAUCUGGGGUGGGGUCCAGACCCUGUCAGAAGGAUUCUUAGCUCUUUCUUGCACACAUAUCUCCCUCCUGCUUUUCCCAGCUCCCAAAGUUGCAACUGGAGGGGUUGCUCGCAAAAUGAUCCUGCCUUUGACAAACUCUUUAUUUAUUGACUUUGCCAAGGCUUGGUCACAAAGAACUUGUUCACACAAUUGUUUUCCUCCUUCAGUGGCAGAACUGUAAUAGGGGAGAAGACCGAGCAGUGGACGAAUUGCUUUCUCAGCUUUUGGGAUUGUGUCAGCCUGUCCACUGACAUAACAUCUUUACAACAUCUGACACCUCUUCAGAUGUUUUUGUAAAAAAGCAUCAUGUGUUCGAGGGGCCAGAUUGGUACUGAUGAGGUUGAGGGUUGAUGCAGGUGGUUUUUCCUGAGCUUGGGUGGUCAGGACUGCAGGGUGGUGUUCUACCGCAGGCCUCAGGCUUUGUCCUUUUGGUGUCCUGUGCUGGCCCUGUGUGACCUCGGAGUUGAGUGGUGCUGUGUUUGGAGAUCCCCACUCACAUGGCCCUGGGGAGAGCUGCUCCUGUCUGAGUCUCCUCGUGUGUGUGUGUGUGUGUGUGUGUUUGUGUGUGUGUGUGUGUGUGUGCGCGCGCGCGCGCACGUAGGUGUCAGACAGCACGCCACACUGGGGAAGGGAGCACCCAGACCCUGUUUAAGUUUUCAUUUUUCUUUUGCUCCUGCCCUUUUCUGGUCAGGUGUUUCAGGUAAUUGUGAGAAAAGUGCAACUCUUUUGUAGGUAGAUCAUUUUUUAAAACUAAUUAAGCACAUUUGAGUGAAUCACACAUAAUUUUGGAUUGUAAGGGCUUUAGAAUCAUUUGCGUUUGCAAGUUUUUAUUAUUUUGAGUCACGAAUGUACGUGCAUUGUGAAUCAGACCAGCUCGAAUUCCCAGGAUACUGUUUCAGAGGUGAGCGUUCCCCAUCAGAGCUUGGCUUGUCACCAAAUAAAAGUUUUCUUGAAGGCUGCA